GCUGCAACACAGAGGGGAGAAAAAUUGAGGGAGCGACUUUAGAGAGUGGUGCGACCCAGUUCAAACAUACGGCCAUUGUUGUAUGGGCUAGCCAUAUAUAUAUGUGUGCUGUAUCUGCACUGCAGUUUUGUUGGUGUGAAAGUUUAACCUCGCGUCAGUUUUGUAGAAAACCUGAUAUUUACAUACUUUUUUUUGUUUUGUUGCCAUGUCCGAGGAGAUUGAAGGAAGAAGGCCCUCCAGCGAUGAGGCAAACCACAAGGAACAGCAGGAGAUUGAUGAUAAUGUCAUCACUCCAGAGAAGGCAGAGGAGGUGAAACUGAAGGCCAGGUACCCUCACCUUGGAGCCAAACCUGGGGGCUCUGACCUGCUCCGGAAACGCCUUCAGAAAGGGCAAAAGUUCUUUGACUCUGGGGACUACAACAUGGCCAAGGCUAAGGUGAAAAACAAGCAGCAGCUCCCUGCAGUGACGCAGGCUGAGAAGGCAGAGAUAACCGGGGACCACAUCCCCACACCCCAGGACAUCCCCCAGAGGAAGCCCUCUAUCGUGGCUAGCAAACUGGCUGGCUGAGUGGGUUGAUGGAACUAGGAACCAUGGAACUAGGAACCAUGGAACUAGGAACCAUGGAACUAGGAACCAUGGAACUGUUUUGUUCUGUUACCAUUCCAUCGCUCGCUCUUGUUCUCUCUCUGAGCCGGUCUCAAUUAGUUCCCUAUGUCUACCGCUUGGCACUAACCCUUCAAUGCAUGCAUAUUUUGCUGGACCUUCCUCCAUAUUCCUCACAUUUGUUCAAACAUUGAAGA